CAUGCGCUGUGAUCUGCUGUGAGUUGAUGGCCUCUGAUGGUUCUACAGUCAGAGAUGUUGAUCAGAAACAAAAGCAGAAGCAGAAUAAAGCAGAUGUGGAGGAUUCAGACGCUCAGCUGCAGAUACACAGACUGACCACUGCAGGACAUGCGGCGCUGCGGAGCAGAGAUUAUCAUGCAGCGCUGCAGCACUUCAAGAGCGCAUUCAAAACUGCUGGCAAGCAGAGAGAGCGCCGUGUGCGCAGGGCCUGUGCUUUGAAUCUGGGCGCUGCAUAUGUGGAGUCUGGAGACGCACAGAAGGGUCUGGAGGUGUUGAUGCGUCUGCAGCCGGGGGCGAGAGGACAGCGCAUGGCAGACCUGCAGUUUAACCUGGCCACGGCACACGAGGCGCUGCAGGAGCCGGAACAGGCCAAAACACACUAUCAGCAGGCGGCGCAGCUCUACAGAUCACAGGGAGACGCAGAUGCAGAAGGAGACACAUGCUGCAGACUCGCACACUGCCAACAGCUCACACAGGAGUGGACUGAGGCUGCAGAAAGUCUCCAGCGAGCAGCUGACAGCUACAAAACGGCUGGAAAUGUGUCUGCUGCUGCACUGGUGCUGAAGGAUGCUGGGAAACACAUGCUGCAGAGUGGCUGCUGCGCUCGUGAUGACAUCAUCAGUGUGCUGACUGACAGCCUGGAGCUCAGCGCACACAUACAGGACCAGGACACACGCGGGAAGCUGCUGAAUGACGUGGGCUUGAGUUUCUCUCAGAUGCGUCUGUUCUCCGAGGCGUGUGUGUGUUAUGAACAGGCUCUUCCUCUGGUUUCCGCUAAACCGCAGCGGCUGGCGGUGGUGCUGCAGAAUCUGGGGGCAGUUCACAACACUCAGGGUCAGUUCCAGCAGGCGCUGCGCUUCCACAGAGAGGCUGCCGCGCUGCACGGUUCUCAAGGCAGCCGCGGUGCUCAGGGUCGCUGCUUCAGUAAUCUGGGCUUCGCUCUGGUGGAGCUGGGAGAACUAGAGGAGGCCUGGGAGAGUUACACACACGCGCAACAGGCCUUCAGAGACACUGAUGAUGCGUGUGGUCAGUAUCAGGUCAGUGAGGGUCUUGGUGGUAUUAAACUCCAGAUGAAGGACCCAGAACGAGCCGCUGUUCACUAUCAGGACGCCCUGCGGAUGCUCUGCCGGUGUCAGGAUGUGUCCAGUUCAGUGCAGGAGCGUCUGGUCAGUAAACUGAGUGAAGCUUUACAGCAGAAGCUGAUCCUGCAGCAGUUUUAUUUGACUGUAAAUGGUGCAGCCGCUCUCACUGUCACUGAUACUGAUCUUAAUCUGGCCCUCAGAGAGCAGCAGCAGCGCAGAGACAACACACACGACGACGACAGAAAUCAGCAGGCAGAAAUGAUGACGUCUUCAGAGCCGCAGCUGAAUCAAGAACAAGCAGAUCAGCACAGGUCACUGCCAGAGGCCAACAGGAAUCUGAACAACACAUAUGAUAAAGCAGAAGUUCAUCAGCAGAAUGGCAGCUUACAGCCUUCAGGAGCUCCAGCACACGGUGAUGUGUCAGUGAAGCCGAGGCCGCUGCAGAUGAAUGGUGCACACCCAUUGGCCAGGAGCUCAGCGACUCUGCCCACUGACAGAGAUGAGGCCACACCCCUGAAGAAGAGACUGAAGUCCAUAUUCUGCACAGUCAUGUGACAUAAACACUGGCGGAGCCUCCAGACUGAACACACAAGGACAGAUUAAUGAUGUGUUUUACAUUUAGAGAGACUUUUAAAGGCUGGAUCAAAUGUGCUGAACACAGAGAGACUUUCUUUGUGAUCAUCAAUCUUGUAUUAUUCCAUGCAGUAUUUCAUCUCUUUACUUGUUUCUGUUUAUGACCAGUUAAAAAUAAGGAUUUUAAGCCUCAUCCACUAAUGAAGCACCUACAGAAAAUACUGAUGCUAUCAAAUAAACUUUUCAUCGGUCAGCGGUUUUCCAUCUUCAAACCUCAGCUUUCUGGCUUUAAUUCAUCACUGCUUUAUUUUGGUGAAAAACACGAUGAAUAAAGCUCUCUUAGUUCUGAAUAAAUCCUAACACAAUAACAUCACCGUGACAGUAAACAUGUAUUAUACUCCAUUUUAGAUUCCUCAUAUAUUUUUUAUGGCUUGUAUAAGCAUUUCUCUGCAUGUCGUACUGUGUAUG